CAGCCCGGUGUCCCCGCUACCAUGUCCUCCCCGCUGGAGAAGCCGCAGAUCAUCGCCCACGUGCAGAAGUCGGUGAAUUACACGCUGUUCGACUGCAAAUGGCUGCCGAGCAGCGCCAAGUUCGUGUGUCUGGGCAACCUGGCCCGCGGGAGCGGCAUCAUGCAGGUCUACGAGAUCCAGCACGGGGAGGCCAAGCUGCUCCGGGAGAUUGAGAAAGCUAAACCUCUAAAAUGCGGGACCUUUGGAGCCAGUUCUCUGCAGCAGAGAUAUUUAGCCACAGGCGAUUUUGAAGGAAAUCUCAAUGUGUGGAAUUUAGAAGCUGCUGACACCCCUGUCUACUCUGUGAAAGGCCACAAAGAAAUCAUUAACUGUAUAGACGGAGUGGGAGGAUUAGGCAUCGGUGAAGGGGCCCCAGAGAUCGUCACUGGAAGCCGUGAUGGAACAGUGAAAGUCUGGGACACGAGGCAAAAGGACACCCCUGUUGCUAAUAUAGAACCAGUAGAAGGAGAAACCAAGAGAGAUUGCUGGACAGUCACAUUUGGCAAUGCCUAUAAUCCGGAAGAACGUUCUGUGUGUGCAGGAUAUGACAAUGGGGAUAUUAAACUUUUUGACCUCAGGAAAAUGGCCUUAAGAUGGGAAACUAAUAUUAAAAACGGGGUCUGCAGUUUGGAGUUCGAUAGGAAGGACAUAAUAAUGAACAAAUUGGUUGCUACGUCACUAGAAGGGAAAUUCCAUGUUUAUGACAUGAGAACAGAACACCCUAAGAAAGGUUUUGCAAGUCUCACUGAAAAGGUUAAUAAAUCCACUCUCUGGCAAAUUCGACAUCUUCCGCAGAAUAGAGAUAUCUUCAUGACAGCAGGAGGAGCAGGAAGUCUCCAUCUUUGGAAAUAUGAAUACCCUGCUCAUCGAUCAGAAAAAGACUCUGAUGGUGUGGAAAAGGGAGUUGCAGGAACGGUCAGUCUUCUACAGAAUGUGACUCUAUCGACACAGCCGAUAUCUAGCUUGGACUGGAGUCCAGAUAAGCAAGGAUUGUGCGUUUCUACAUCGUUUGACCAGGUUGUUAGAGUGCUGAUUGUCACGAAGCUGAAUAAAAUUUAAUCCAGAUGUUCUACAGCUGCAACAGCUACUCAUAACAGACUAUUGAUCCAGGUUCCGAGUAUUACUUUUGGACAUCGUUUUUUUUUUUUUAACCAGGUUUACGAGUGGGGAGCUAUCCUCACAUCUGAUAUAAAUGAGACAAAUAACCCCAUAUUUUAAUAUAUUAUCCUUCACUGUCCUAGUCCCAUUUUGAAAAAGUUUUUUAUCUCUUCUGAUUUGACAUGAUGAAAGUGCCUCUAAUAUCUUUAUUUUCUCAAUUCAGGGAACAAAAACUACCCAAUAUGACUGUCUAUUCUUUGUGUUACAAAUAAACAGCAACCUCUUUCUGUUUCAUAA